AUGUCCAAUUUAUCUAAUACCAACUAUGGUAAUGGCACUAUGAAAGAAGCUUCUGGAGUUUUCAAUACCAUUAAGAAUAAUCAAUCCUCUACUAGAACUUCACAAAAAUUCUCAUUAAAUUCAGUAGCAAGUUUUAACGCAUUAGAAUGGGAUGAAAACGGCUUUGCAAAGGUUUCUGGAUCCAAUCUAUAUUUCCAACGUACUGCUGAUGGUAUUAAAAUUGUGAGUACUGUUGAAACUGACGAUGGAAGAAGAUUUGUGUGGAGUACUACUGCCGAUUCCAAAAAUCUUGAUAAUAAAAAAUCUUUUCAAGAUGAAAUUAGGGAUAACAAAAAUAGUUCCAAGAGUGCACACAAUCAAAGCGAUUCUGGUAUCCUUUGUUGUAUCAAUUGCGGCAAAUAUGGUGUAUCUAGCAAUUUUACUGCGUCUGGUCGAUUCUGUAGUCGGCAGUGUGCCGGUAUGUACGCUGGAAAGCGCAAGUAUUUGUUGAAGGAUCAAAACCCGUCAAAGGCAAAGAAAGUUCAUUCUGAACUUAAACGUGAUGAUUUACCUGAUUGGCAUAAUAAUAGUGCAAAAGAUGAGGAACGACCACCUUCCAAUGGUGCAAUAUCAACUAGGCUGCAAAAUCGACAAGUAGUGCUGAAAAAAAGCCCAAAGUCUCAGAUGAAAGUAAAAAGUCUUGCACCGGCAGACAAACUGGAAAAUCGUCAUUUCGAUUGGCCGAAUUAUUUAGCUGAAACAAAAUCUGAUAUCGUUCCUGCAGAGUGCUUUGUUAAUGCUUUACCACCCUUAUCGAAGCGUGCAUUUGAAAUAGGUAUGAAAUUAGAAGCAGUUAGUAUCAGACAACCCGAUAUUAUCAUUGUCGCAACAAUCAUCAAAAUUCAAGGCUACAGGAUGUUACUGCACCCGGAUGGUUGGCCAGAUGAUUUUGAUUUUUGGGUUAGUAUGGAUUCACCAGACAUACAUCCAGUUGGUUGGUGUUCAAGGAAUAAAUAUCCUCUAAAUCCACCCCCACAUAUUCCUGAUGAGAGAUUUAAUUGGGAAACUUACCUUAAGGCACAACAUGCUAAACCCGCUUUAGAUCAUUUAUUUAAAUUGGUAAAACCAGCCAGACAUUCGUUUCGUAUUGGUACUAAACUGGAAGCUGUGGAUCGCCAAAACCCAGAAUUAAUUUGCGUUUCUACGAUAUCGGCAUUACGUGGUGAUCGAUUUUUAGUACAUUUUGAUGGAUGGGGUGAAUCUUUCGAUUACUGGUGCGAUGAAACUUGUCCUUAUAUCCAUCAUAUUGGUUGGUGUGAAGAAAAUCACAAGACACUGAUACCGCCAAAUGGUAAUAUAUAA